AUGCAGCGCCUUCACCGAUUCUUUCGACGCGUCAGCUCCGGAGGCUCUUCUGCGGGCCCUCAAGCGCAGGUUGCGAUUGCGGAGUCGGCUCAAGCUUCUGGACCGAGUCUGCAAAUUGCAUUGCAGAACCAGACAACCUCUAGCACUGUCUAUGCCUACAUCACAGGUCAAGCGAUUGACCGCGGCAAUGCACUAUUUCUUCUCUCUGCGGACGGGCAAACUCCAUUCUAUCCCACCUCUCCCGGUGCGAUCGGCUCGCCCAUACCACAAAACUGUGCCAUUGCUCUCGGAGCCCCGGGUAACACCGUGACUGUGACAAUACCCCAUGUCGCUGGAGGUCGCAUCUGGUUCUCGAUUGACGCACCUCUGACAUUCCUGCUGAACCCAGGACCGGCGCUGGUUGAGCCGUCCGUCACCAAUCCAUCCGACCCCAACGCCAACACCAACUGGGGCUUUGCCGAGUUCACGUUCAACAGCGACCAACUGUACGCCAACAUCAGCUAUGUCGAUUUCGUCGGCCCACCCAUCGCAUUGACCCUCACGACCCAAAGUGGUGCAACCCAGCAUGUCUCCGGGAUGCCUGCCAAUGGACUGGACACAGUCUGCAAUGGUCUGCGUGCUCAACAAGCCGCCGACGGCAAAGGCUGGGACCAAUUGAUCGUCACCCACAAUGGACAAAACCUUCGAGCCCUCUCGCCUAAUCAAGGGAUGGUGACCAACCCUUCGUUGUUUGCGAACUACUUUGACGCCUACGUGAACCAAGUCUGGCAGAAAUUCACCUCUCAAUCCAUGUCCAUUGACACACAGGCCUCUUUCGGGGUCGCCUCCGCAAAGGUCAGCAGCAACGGCGCUCUGAAUUUCGGAGGUUCGAGCUUUACGAAACCGUCCACCCGAGACAUCUUCAGCUGCUCCACAGGACCGUUCGCCACGGGCUCCAACGCCGAGACAAACGCCAUCAUCCCUCGACUGGCCGCGGCGUUCAAUCGCUCGACCCUGCUCACGGCGAACUCGUUCCCGGCUCCUCAAAGCUCGUAUUACAAGGAUCCCACCACCAAUCACUACUCCCGGAUCGUGCACUCGGCCAACCUGGACGGCAAGGGCUACGCGUUUCCCUACGACGAUGUGCAGCCCAGCGGCGGUGCCGAUCAGAGCGGCGAGGUGCACGCCGGCGAUCCAAUACUGUUCACCGUCACUGUGGGAGGGACAAAUGCGAGCGUCAACCCACCGCCCAAGAAGGAACUGUGA